AUGGCACCGGGCGUUCUCGCUGACGACACCUCGGCCAGGGACGGGUUUGCUCUCGAGGCGACCGCGGACGACAUCGACGCGGUCAACGUGCUCAAGGGCCAGGCCAAGUACGACGCGGCGUCCAAGUUCGACUCGGCAAAGGACAAGACGCAGUUCCGGCAGUACGAGGACGCCUGCGACCGGGUCAAGAACUUCUACCGCGAGCAGCACGCGAAGCAGACCGUCGCGUUCAACCUCAGGGCCCGCAACCGCUUCAGGCACGGCCCGCCGCGCGACGAGAUGACGGUCUGGCAGGCGAUCGAGAAGCUCAACACGCUCAUCGACGAGUCGGACCCGGACACGAGCCUGUCCCAGAUCGCGCACCUGCUGCAGUCGGCCGAGGCGAUCCGCCGCGACGGCAAGCCGCGCUGGAUGCAGCUGACGGGCCUGAUCCACGACCUGGGCAAGCUGCUGUACUUCUACGGGUCCGAGGGCCAGUGGGACGUGGUCGGCGACACGUUCCCGGUCGGGUGCGCGUUCGACGCCGCGGGCAUCAUCUACGGGGCGGACACGUUCGGGGACAACCCGGACUCGAGCGACCCCGUCUACAGCACGAGGGACGGCAUCUACGCGCCCGGGUGCGGGCUCGACAACGUGAUGCUGUCGUGGGGCCACGACGAAUACCUGUACCACGUGGUGCGCGACCAGUCGACGCUGCCGGCCGAGGCGCUCGCCAUGAUCCGCUACCACAGCUUCUACCCGUGGCACCGCGAGGGCGCGUACCGGCACCUGAUGAACGCCCACGACGAGGACAUGCUGCGGGCCGUGCUCGCGUUCAACCCGUACGACCUGUACAGCAAGAGCGACGCCGUGCCCGACGUCGAGACCCUCAAGCCCUACUACCUCGAGCUCAUCGACGAGUUCUUCCCCCAGAAGGUGAUCAAGUGGUAG